AUGGCAUCUCUUGGCUUUAAAUCUAGUCCCCAUGACCACGCUCUUUUUGUUCAACAUACUUCUCGUGGAUCUAUUCUCCUGCUUCUAUAUGUCGAUGAUAUGGUUAUUACUGGAGAUGAUCGUCCCGGAAUUUCAAAACUCAAGCAUUAUCUUGGUCAACAGUUCGAGACGAAGGAUCUCGGACAACUUAGUUAUUUUUUAGGCUUGGAGGUUACUUCAGACACAUCCGGAUAUUAUCUUUCACAAGCCAAAUAUGCCACUGAUCUUCUUUCUCGAGCAGGACUCACGGACACCAAGGUCGUUACGACCCCUCUUGAGAUCAAUGCCAAAUUUGAUGCCGGUGAUGGGACUCCUCUCCAAAACCCUACCCUCUAUCGACAGCUAGUUGGCAGUCUUAUAUAUCUCACUGUUACUCGCCACGACAUCGCUCAUGCUGUUCAUAUUGUCGGCCCGAGUACAUGA